UUUAUCCUUUUGUCUUCUGUAACUUGUAGAAAAACCCUUUACUGCUCAUAAGUACAAAUGCAGGCUGAGGUUUUGGUUGGACUGUAUUAUGUGAGGCACAUUGUCUUUUAACACUGUUAUUUGUGGGAAGAUUGAAUUGUUUCUCUGUGUGUGUGUGUGUGUAUGUAUGUAUGUAUGUGUUGCACUUUCCCAUGCUCCAGUGGUGUCCUCUCCCCAGCCCGCCACGCGGAAAAAUAUCUUAUUGGGCAUCUAUCUCAAAAGCCCUGGCAUUUCCUGCUGGAGUGACUUAAAAGGUUAUUAUCCCUACACGUCUGUCUAGCUUCUUUCUUCUUCGGAGUGCUACCCUUGAAAUGGAAGUGGUGGACUAGGGGGUGUGUCUGCCCCUCAAGCAUCUCGCAGUAUUAAGAUCAGUUGGUUUCACUUUCACACCACCAGACUGUGACCUGCAGCUGGGAAGAGCUUUGCUUCAUGAUCUCUGUUGGAUUUGGCUGUGGCAGUUGAAGGUGAUGCAGCCAACACGAACGGUUGUCAUGUGUAAAACAACUUUCGAUCACCGCGAAAACACCGUCCUGGGAAAGCGUCCAUGCUUGAUAUCGUUUGGUUCAUGAACAUUAAGUUUCCAGUACAGGUAAAAUUCCAGAUGAAGCCAAAGCCCUUUCUUUAUUGGCGCCUGCUCCUACUAUGACGAGCCUGAUGCCUGGUGCAGGGUUGCUUCCUAUACCUACACCAACCCCUUUGACUACACUUGGUGUUUCACUUGGCACUUUGGGGGCUAUUCCAGCAGCAGCAUUAGAUCCUAACAUUACGGCGCUGGGAGAAAUACCACAGCCACCAAUUAUGGGGAAUGUGGACCCAUCCAAAAUUGAUGAAAUCAGGAGAACAGUCUAUGUUGGAAACUUGAAUUCACAGACUACAACAGCAGAUCAGCUGCUUGAAUUCUUUAAGCAAGUUGGAGAAGUCAAAUUUGUGCGAAUGGCAGGUGAUGAGACACAGCCAACACGAUUUGCUUUUGUGGAAUUUGCAGACCAAAAUUCUGUUCCUCGAGCUCUUGCCUUUAAUGGAGUUAUGUUUGGAGACAGGCCUUUGAAAAUAAAUCACUCCAAUAAUGCCAUAGUGAAGCCUCCUGAAAUGACACCACAAGCUGCUGCCAAGGAACUUGAAGAAGUGAUGAAGAGAGUAAGGGAAGCCCAGUCUUUCAUAUCUGCUGCUAUUGAGCCAGAGUCUGGAAAGAGCAGUGAAAGAAAAGGCGGUCGAUCUCGUUCCCAUUCUCGUUCAGAAUCCAGGUCUAGUUCAAAAUCCCGAUCUAGAAGGAAAAGAUCACACUCAAAGCACAGAAGUCGAUCUGGCAAUAGAUCACUUUCAAGACACAAGGACAGACGGAGAUCCAGAAGUCCCCUGAAAAAACGGUCUAGAUCUAGGGAAAGGCGGAAAUCCAGAAGUCGUUCUCGUUCUCGGGACAAGAAAAGAGACAAAGAAAAGGUCAAGGAAAAAGAAAAGACUAAAGAAAAGGAGAAAGAGAGAGAUCGAGACAAGGAGAAGGAGAAAGACCGUGACAGAGAGAAAGAAAGAGAGCGAGAUAAAGACAGAAAUAGGGAUAAGGACAAGGAGAAGGACAGGGACAGAGACAAAGAGAGAAACAAAGAUCGAGAGAGAGUCAGAGAUAAGGAUAGGGAUAGAGACAGGGAAAAGGAGAAGGACAAAGAUAGGGACAGGGACAAGGAAAGGGAAAAAGACAAAGAUAGGGACAAGGAAAAAGAUAGGGAAGACGUAGACCAGAACAAAGAAAAAGAAGGAGAUGCUGAGAAAGAGGGAGAGAAGGACAGAGAGAAAGCGAAGGACAAGGAGGGAGAUAAGGACAAAGGGGGGGACAAAGAGAAGGACAGAGACAAGGAAAAGGAAAAAGAUGGGGAGAAGGAGCGAGAAAGAGAAAAAGAAAGAGAUGAUAAAAAGAAGAAAGAGAAGAGAUCCAAAACACCUCCAAGAAGCUAUAGUUCUUCAAGAAGAUCUCGUAGCUCUAGCAGAGAAAGGCGUAAAAGGAAGAGCAGAAGUCCCUCCAAGUCUCCUAAAACAUCCAAAACAACAAAAAGAAAAUCUUCACGAACUCCCUCUCCAAGAAGCAGAAACAAGAAGGAAAAAAAAAGAGAAAGGGAUACAAAUAAUGAAAGAAGAGAAAGAGAACGCUCCACCUCCAAGAAAAAAAGUAGUAAAGAAAAGGAGGGAAAGGAAAAAUCUGACAAAAGCACCACUACUUUGAAGGACAAAGAUCACACUAAGGAGGAUCAGAAUGCUGAGACUGACAAGGAAGUAGACAACAGAGAUGUACAAAGGACAGAUGAAGUCAAGCUGCAGCAGAACGGGAACUGUCAACCAAAUGAAGAAAACCUCUCAGUUAGAGUAGAAGAGGUUUAAAGCAAAGAACAGACCUCUGACUCAACUAAGGAAUGAAAUCCAAAGCUUUUUAUUUCCCAGAAUGAGGAAGAAAAUGUCAAAGCAAUCAACUUGAACAUGUUGAUAACAUACUAGUAGCUCUUCCAAUUCUUGUGAUAGCUUUGUUGUCCUCUUGCUGUAAGCAAGAGAGCACGGACCAGUAGUUAUACCAUGAAAAGGCAAAUGCCAUCAAAACUAUUCAUCUCUGAAAAUUCAUGCAUUUCCGUGAUGGCUGUACUUAUUUGUAAAAUGAUUUAUGUUAAGUUUUGCCAUAAGCUGUUACAAAUAAGUAGAAACUGAAUGAUGUAAACCUGUACUAUCCGAAAAAGCUGAAGAUAUGCAUUGAAGGUUGUUUAAAAUAUUGCUUGUUGAUGAAUUUUGUAUUGUUUUACCUUGUGGGUUAAAAAAGAAUCCACAAAAACUUCAACGUGUACUGUUUGAUGUGCUUGGAAAUGGUGCAUAAAUAUACACAUUUUCUUUUGUAAAUGACAACUACAGAAAAAGGGUUUUUAAAUGUAAACAGUUUUACGGUUCUUAUGUUAAAUGCUCACUGACUAGUAUGUUUUUCAUUUGUUCACUGCUUGAGAUUUUUGGGUUUUAUUAUUUAAAAUAAUUUCUUACUAAUAUCCCUAAAAUGAGUAUUUCUUUUAAAGUAUUUGAGCAAUGCAUGCUACUUUUCUGUUCCUAAAAGGAACAUUGCCAUGUUAUAGAUAAUAGGUUAGCUUUACUGGGUUAUUUUGGGGUGGUUUUAUUUUGUUAUUUUCUUUUGUCCUUCCAGAAGCGAGCACAUCUGUAUGAUAUUAUCAGAACUUACAGCUUCAUUUUGAGCCGUACUGCAGUGUGUCUGUUCAGCUGCAAAUAGUACAGGUGCCAUUAUGAAAACAAAAAUUUCUCAUUUGUUUUAAAAAAAAAUGGGAGCACAAGCAGAAGCUUUAGUGCCUUCUUAAAAUGUGGUAUUUUCUAGAAAUGUAUAUGUGCUAUUACUCAUUUUCAACUAAAUCUUACUUGAUCUCUAUUGCUAUUUUGCCACCACCAUACUGUAGAUAAGAAUGCAAGUGGUAUGUCAGAACAGUUGUUUGAUUCACUUGUUAAAAUACUAGAGCUCCAUUUUUACUUUUAUUUUUUAGAAGAGAUUUAUAGAUAAAAGCAAAAAUGCAUUUGGGGACCACCACUGUACAAAAGUAGUAGCUGAAUACAAAGCAUUCUUUUAUCACCUGCAUCAAAGACAGCCCUUUAAACACUUAAUCUACAUUUGGAUGGCCUUAAUUGUUAACCUCUCCAUCAUCUUCUCUUAUAGCUGUUGGGUGGUAUAAAAGGAAUUGUAUGCAAAGUUAGGGGGGAGAAAUAGUUUGGAAAAAAGAAAAGAUCUAAUUUACACAGGAGUUAUAUGGUAGAGAUUCUUUUUUCAUUCUUUGGAGAGAACACAUGUUAGAAGAGAAUGACACAAAGGAAAUAUUUUGUCAAGUAAAAACAUGGCUUGUGCUCUCUGAACUAAUUUCAUUAGUUUCAUCAUUGUGACAUUUCUUGAGAGUCAUACCUUUAAAACUUACUUAUACCUAAAAUCAAGUAGAUUAUUUUUAAUACAACUUAAUACAAUCAAAUGACUUAAUUGCCUUACCUCAUGGGAAGAGUUAUUUCUGCCAGUUUAAAAAUCUGAAUAGCUUAUUAGUUACUUGCUUUCAAUUUGAUUUUUUUUUCCUUUGCAUAGUUAAUUCUUGUAAAAUGUAAACAUAUUACAGGGAAUGAAAAAUUGCCCAGUUCAUAAGGUAAUGAAUCCCAGUUUGAUUGUGAAGCUGCUUAAUCACUCUUCAUUUUUGAUAGGAUUUAAUGUUUCUCGCCACUGUGUACAUUUAAGACUAUAGAAAAUGCUUUACCAUGUAAAGUAUAGACAGUCAUUUUUGUGAUGUUUAAGCCACAUGCUGUUGGCUGGUAAACAGCUUAUUCUGAUAAAAGAAUGACAAAUCUGUAUGCUUAUAGAAAGACUGUGAAGGAUUGUGUCUUGCAACAACAGCUGUCUUAUUUAUGAUGUGUAAGUAGCAUAGAGCAAAGAGAUUGUUUGUAUACUUGUUAUCUUUGGUACCAUUUCACUAAUAAAAUUAAGUAUUUUAGAGGGAA